UUUUCUUUCUUUUCUCUUGCUUUUUCAACGUCACUUGGCCCCUUCUUUCUUCCUUUCACUGUCAGGUUUUGUGGCCGCCUUCUUCCUCUCACUGCCAUUGAAUCAGCUUAUUUCUUUAAAAAGACCUCAAAGCUCCUAAGAAUAUUUCUUCUUCCUCUUCUUCUCUCGAGCUGUUUUUGUUUCUUAUGUGUCAUAAACAGUAGGAUUUGAAGGUAAGGGAAAACUAAAAAGACAGCGAGCUGAGGUUAGAUUAUUAUGGCGGCCGUGAAGCCAGAAGAGAUAAGCCACCCACCUAUGGACCAGCUUCAAGGCUUAGAGUACUGCAUUGAUUCAAACCCAUCUUGGGGGGAGACAAUAGCUCUGGGUUUUCAGCAUUACAUUUUGGCCUUAGGAACAGCAGUGAUGAUUCCUUCAUUCCUUGUUCCUUUGAUGGGUGGAAGUGAUGAUGAUAAAGUGAGGGUGGUACAGACUCUACUUUUCGUGGAAGGGGUUAAUACACUUCUGCAAACUCUGUUCGGAACCCGGUUACCCACAGGUGGGGGGUCCUAUGCAUUCAUGGUUCCAAUUAUAUCUAUAAUUCAUGAUUCUUCCCUGCAAAGGAUCGAGGACCCACAUUUGAGAUUUCUCAACACCAUGAGAGCAGUGCAAGGUGCUGUGAUAGUAGCAUCAAGCAUACAAAUUAUUUUGGGGUAUAGUCAAUUGUGGGCUAUUUGUUCAAGAUUUUUCAGCCCACUCGGGAUGGUUCCAGUAAUCGCAUUAGUUGGUUUUGGAUUAUUUGAUAGAGGUUUCCCUUUGGUUGGACAUUGCGUUGAAAUUGGAAUCCCCAUGCUUAUUUUGUUUGUAGCCUUCUCCCAGUAUCUGAAAAGUUUUCAGAUAAAGCAGCAACCAAUACUGGAGCGAUUCGCUCUGCUCAUAUCAACCACAGUGAUAUGGGCGUAUGCACACCUCCUAACUGCUAGUGGAGCAUACAAACACCGCCCGGAAUUAACUCAAAUACACUGUAGAACCGACAGAGCAAACCUCAUUUCUUCUGCUCCAUGGAUAAAAAUCCCAUACCCUCUUCAAUGGGGUGCUCCUACAUUUGAUGCUGGGCACGCUUUUGGGAUGAUGGCUGCUGUUUUAGUCUCAUUGAUUGAGUCAACUGGGGCAUAUAAAGCUGCAUCGCGUCUAGCAAGUGCCACACCACCUCCUGCUCAUGUUCUGAGUCGUGGUAUUGGUUGGCAGGGAAUUGGAAUCUUGCUAAAUGGGCUUUUUGGAACACUGACCGGUUCAACGGUCUCUGUGGAAAAUGUGGGGCUUCUAGGAAGCACUCGGGUUGGAAGCCGCAGGGUCAUUCAAAUUGCAGCUGGUUUUAUGAUAUUCUUCUCAAUGCUCGGAAAAUUUGGGGCAUUGUUUGCUUCAAUACCGUUCCCUGUUUUCGCUGCUGCUUACUGUGUUUUGUUUGGUCUUGUGUCUUCUGUGGGGCUAUCAUUUUUGCAAUUUACUAACAUGAACUCAAUGAGGAAUCUCUUUAUUACUGGGGUUGCCCUCUUCCUGGGUUUGUCAGUUCCUGAGUACUUCAGAGAGUUCUCAGCCAAGGCCCUUCACGGUCCUGCUCAUUCCAAGGCUGGAUGGUUCAACGAUUUCCUCAAUACUAUCUUCUUCUCAUCUCCAACCGUUGCAUUGCUUGUUGCUGUGUUCUUGGACAACACACUUGACUAUAAGGAUAGUGCAAAAGACAGGGGAAUGCCAUGGUGGGCUAAGUUUAGGACAUUUAAAGGAGAUAGCAGAAAUGAAGAGUUCUACACCCUGCCUUUCAACCUCAAUCGGUUCUUUCCUCCAUCGUGAACUUGUUUUUACUGCGAAGAAUGAUUUUGAAGGAAAAGCAUCAUUUCCAGAUAAGAUUUUUAAUGUGAUGAUGAUCUGUACAAGUGAAGAAGAAGAAUGGGAGGAAUAUGUGUGUUUUUGGGUUGCAGAGGAAUGGUAUCCUCGGCUUUCUGUUCAAUUUUUCAUGUAUUCAACUGAACUGAAGUAUUUUCUUCUUCAUAUAUAAAUAGAGAAUUUAUUUGUUCCAUAUA